UGACACCAGCUAGCUGGUGUUGGGGUCACUAACCAAACCGCUUUCCAGGCCCCGACCUGACUGAAGGGCACUUUCGCAAAUUCAAGAUCUCCAAGCGAGAGAGGGGAGGGAGAGCGAGGUUUUUUCUUUCGUUUUCUUUAACAUCAGAACUAAUGGUUCUUUUGCAACCAGAUCCAUUUCUGAGCGAACUCACGAACAUGUAUGAGCGUAGCCAGGAGAAGGGAUCUGUUUGGGUCACCUUCAAACGCUCGUGUUUAAAGUCUAAGGCAGCGAAGAAUAAAUUGGAGAGUAAAGGUGCUGUUGAAUACAGAUGCCUUGUUCGUGCCACCGAUGGCAAAAAGAAAAUCUCUACUUCGCUGUCAGCCAAGGAUCACCUAAGGUUUCAAGCUUCGUACGCAACGGUACUCAGAGUGCACAUGCAUGCACUGAAGAAAAGGGAGAGAAAAGACAAGAAGAAGGCUGCAGAGGCAGACAAGAAAGAAGGGGUUUUGAAGGAUCCACCUAAAAAGCAAUCUCAGCACCGAUCAAAGAAAAAGAAGCCAUCCGAAUAAAUACCAUUUUCAGCUUCUUUU